AUGGAGUCCCCCAGCAACCCACACAAGCGACAGAAGCUCGGUUUCGAGAGCUACUCAAAUUCCAGGGUCUUAUCCGACAUCACGAUUCGAUAUGGAGUCUCAGGAGAGCGGACCUUUGAAGCGCACAAAGUAGUGCUAAGCGCAAUGUCGUACUGGUUCAAGGCAGCUUUCACUGGACAGUUUGCAGAAAGUUCCGCCAGAGAGAUCACUCUGAAAGAAGACGAUCCCGAUGCUCUACUCUUGAUGCUCAACUUUGCAUACGAUCAAAAGAUACCAAGUCUGGAUGACGUUGACAACGUUGUUCGUACUGCCCGUAGCAUCCGAGAUUGCUUAGGCUUGUACCGUGUCGCUGACAAGUACGACUUUCCUCAGUUCCUGGAUCGGCUCGGAACCGUCUGCGACCUGCCAUACCUAGAACACACGCCCUCGCGCAAUCACGCCUCACCGCUCCAGACUGCAGCUGCUCAGCUCACUCGACUUGUUACCGCACUCGCUCUUUACGUCGAAACUACACACCCUCCUUACCUGCCCACCAUGCCCGAAACAACCAAGGUCGUGCCCCUCACCUGCCACGGCCACUCGAGACCUGUGCCGCAUAUUCACUUCUCGUCCCUGGUCGACGAGGACCAGUACUAUAUUAUAUCAGCAUGCAAGGAUAACAACCCCAUGCUCCGCGACGGAGUCACGGGUGACUGGAUUGGCACCUUCCUGGGCCACAAGGGCGCCGUCUGGCAAGCGAGACUCUCUUCGGAUGCCUCACUAGCAGCGACGGCCUCUGCGGAUUUCUCUGCGAAGGUCUGGGACACGCACACCGGUGAGGCCCUACACACACUCUCGCACAACCACAUCGUCCGCGCCGUCGCAUUUCCCAAUCAGCCCCACCCUCAGAUCCUCGCGACAGGAGGCAUGGAGAAGAAAUUGCGCAUCUACGAUCUUUCACGUAGCGAUGCGACGAGCUUCGAGAUUGGCGCAGGUGUUCACACCGGAACCAUCAAGUCGAUCGUGUGGACAUCGGACCCGAACGUCAUAAUCACAGCCGCCGAAGACAAGAAGGUGCGGUGGUGGGACUUGCGCCAAGAGUCUACAAUCGGCGAGCACGCCGUCGAAGGCACUGUUGGCUCUUGCGAGUUGGAUAACACCUCCUCGGAGGGCAUUCUGAGCGUAGCUGCUGGAAACAGUGCCUACUUCUUCAACAGCCAGUCGCCCGGAUCGCUCAUCAAAAGCAUCAAGACACCAUACGAGAUUGCCAGUGUGGCCCUGCACAAUGGCGAGCGGAAGUUUGUCACUGGUGGUAGCAACCAGAAUGAUACCUGGGUCAGGGUCUGGGACUUCAAUGAGGAGAAAGAGCUCGAGACCAACAAGGGCCAUCACGGACCUAUCUGGUCGGCAAGCUUCUCGCCUGACGGAAAGCUCUACGCGACAGGCAGUGAGGAUGGAACAGUCAAGCUCUGGAAGUUCACAUCCGGCCCGUACGGUCUGUGGAAAUAG